AUGUUAGGUCAACUUCUUCCGGCUCUAAGUCUCUUUUCUUGUCUUGUGAUAGCAAAAACAAAAGACAGUGAUAGUCAUUCUAUUCCAGCGAAUCCCAAUCAACCUUUAAGUUUACCACCUCAUUAUCAACUCUUGGUAGGAGGCCAACCUGGUCCAUUUUAUACCUUCAAUUAUGAUGUCUCUCAGAAGGUGAUCACAAACUCAAGUAUGAGUGUUGAAUUGGGUACAGGACCGUCUUGGGUUGAAUUCGAUCAAACUAAACAAUUCAUGUUCAGUUCGGACGCAACUCACACAUAUAAUAAUUUGACUAACGCGGGUGGAGUUUUCUCGUCUAAGAUCGACAAGGAUGGAAAGGUCACAGUUAUAUCAUCCUCUGCUACUGGUUCCCAACCUGUUCGAGUAGCGGUCGAUAAAGAAGCUCGUAACCUGAUCGUUGGCACUUACAUUGGCGCCACAGUCGAGAGAUUCACGAUUGAUCCAAAGACUCGAGAACUAUCCAAAAAACCUGCUGAAAAGAUGGUUUUCACAGGUCGAAGUGUUAAUCCUAUCCGUCAAACUGCUUCCUUCAUUCACGAUGUUCAAUAUACACCAGAUUAUACUCAAGUGGUGGCUAUAGAUUUGGGAACUGAUAUGAUUCGUAAAUUUCAAGUCGGAAAGGAUGGUGAACUGACAAAGAUGGCUCCUGUCACACUUCCUCCUGGAUGUGGACCCAGACACUUGACCUGGGCACCCAGAGCCGACGGCGCAAAGUUGGAUGCUUAUGUUAUCUGCUCCUUGACACGCGUUUUGCUCACUUUUGAAGUUGAUAUCGCUAGUAAUCACAAAUUCACUUUGAAAGGUAAACCACUCUCAACAGAACCUACUCAUCCACUUAACCGUACCACACUAGAAGGAUCCGAAAUACUAGUAUCACCAGAUGGUCGAUUUGUGGUCACCUCCACAACCCAGACUUCUGCCGAUCCAGCCUUUCUACCGGAUAAUCUAUUAGUCUCCUUUCCAAGGGAUUUGAAAACUGGUAUACUUGGAUCAACCCCAAUUCGAACACCUACCGGUGGAAGAGUACCUCGACAGUUUGCAUUUGAUCCAACUGGUCAACUCAUCGCUGUAGCUCAACAAGGCGCAGAAAAUGUUUUGGUGCUUCAGCGUGAUGUAGAAACUAGUGAAGCUAAGAUAGUCACACAAGCUCCGGCAGAGCGAGCUUCUUUUGCAGUAUGGCGAACUUUAGAAAAAUAA